AACCAGCAGGUCCAGACCUUCAUUGCAUCGUCUGAAUCUAAACUCCGUUUAGUUGUUACUCUGAUGAGAUGAUGGCGGUUUUCCAGCUUCAGCUCUGAAGAUCAGUGAUGUAUCAGUGAAAGAAUCUCCUGCCUCUCCAGAUUCGCUCAGACUUUAGAAACUGGUUAGAAACUUUAGUGCCUUUAUAGUCUUUAAAGUUUUUGAAUAUCUUUAAUGACAGCAAACUGAUUUGACAUCCGUCUGUUUUUAACUGAACUGUUGUUCUCUGGACAGGGCUCCUGCUCUGGGCGCUGUGUCCUGUUUCUGGCCUCUUAAGGUGUAAUCUGAGCCCCUGCUCUGUCCGGUUCUGUCCUUCAGCUGCUCUGUAAUCCUGUUAGCUCUGUAAUCCUCCCACUGCGCUCACAUUCCUGUUAGUCUUUCCUCACCGCGCCUCUGUGGGAUGCUGCUGGGACCCAACUGAACUGUUCAGGAUGUUGAGCUGGGUGGUUAAAGUCGUCCCCCAGCCGCCUGAACUUCCAUCCAAAAACACUGAAGAUGCCAAGGAAGGAAAACCAGAAGCGGCCCCGCCCCCUGCACCAGAGAAGAAGGUGACGUUUGAGGAUGAGUGCAAGAAGGACGCUGCAAAAGCUGACAAACUGAAUCAGGAAGUUGAGUCGUCUGCAGGGAACGGUCCGGCUCCAGGGAUGCUGACCUGGAUCAGCAGCGCUCUCCCGCUACCGGCGCCACCGGCCAACCAGAACCAGGCCAGCUCCACUGCCAAGGAGGAAGCAGCAGCCAGCAAGCCCGACGAUGAGUGAGUAACCUGCCAAAUACUGAGCUGCUUUUACAGUCAGUAGCUGCCACGAUGCCAGAUAGUGAGCUGCUUCAUAAAGCAGUCAGCUGCCACGAUGCCAGAUAGUGAGCUGCUUCAUAAAGCAGUCAGCUGCCACGAUGCCAGAUAGUGAGCUGCUUCAUAAAGCAGUCAGCAGCCAGGAUGCCAGAUAGUGAUCUAGCUGGAGCUUUGGCGCCCCCUGCUGUCCAGUUUGACCCGCGUUUCCU